AUCAAGUCAAGAACCGUUACACAUAAUAAUAAAACAGAAUUAGAACAUUCGAAGAAGAUCAUUACCGAAUAAAGCAACACGAAAGAGAGGAAACCAAAAAAAAAACAUAGAUUUCUUAAUUUUAGCUUAUUCUUAUCUAAUUCGUUGUAAUCCAGCAAAGAAUUUUGACCUUGAAGAAAAACAGAUUGGGUUUGCAGAAAUUAUAAAGAGUGAAAGAGAAUAAUAAUUUGUUUUUCAAAAAAAAAAACCGGAGAUGAAGCUAUGGAAACGAGCCGCCGUAGCUCUCAAGGACGGAAGUAGUCUCAUAGCGGCGGCGGAUGACAUUCUCACGGCGGCCGUCGUGAAAGCCACAAGCCACGACGAGUUCACGAUCGAUACAGAGAACGCUCUGUUCAUCUACCGUCACGUCCGCGCCAACCCCACGAGCCUCAGGCCGCUAAUACAAGCCAUCUCAUCACGCGUGAAACGCACGCGCAGCUGGGCGGUAGCAUUGAAAGGCCUGAUGCUAAUGCACGGCUUCUUCCUCUGCAAAACCACGGCGGCGGAAUCGAUCGGACGGCUACCGUUCGAUCUCUCUGCUUUCGGCGAAGGUAGUUCUCGGAUGAGCAGAUCCGGUGGGUUUAACCUCUUCGUACGCGCUUACUUCGCGUUUCUCGAUAGAAGAUCGAUCCUAUUCCACGGUGGUGGGAAUCGUCAUCGUUACGACGAAGAAUCGUCCGUCAUGAUCAGGCUCGUGAUCAUCCGUAAGAUGCAGAUUAUUGUGGAUUCGCUGAUUCGAAUCAAACCGAUCGGGGAAAACAUGAAGAUACCUCUGAUUAACGAGGCCAUGGAGAACGUGAUCAGCGAGAUUUUGGAGAUCUACGGUUGGAUCUGUCGCCGGAUCGGGGAAGUGUUGCCGAGUGUACACUCGAAAUCCGGGAAACAUCAGGCGGGGAUGGCUCUGAAGAUCGUCGCUAAAUCUAUAUCGCAGGGAGAAGAACUUUACAAGUAUUUCGAGUUUUGCAGAGAUCUCGGAGUCUCGAAUGCUCAGGAGAUGCCCAAUUUCGUACGGAUUCCUGAAGCGGACGUGAUGCAUCUCGAUGAACUCGUACGGACGGAGGAAGCAACGACGGAGACCGAUUCGUGUGAGGAUAGUUCGGAGAUGAUAAAGGAUGUAGAAGAAGAAGAAGACGAAGAAGAAGAAGGAGAAGAGUCUUAUGAUCUGAUAACACUUGAUCAGAACGACUACUCAGCUGCUCCUCCUCCCAUAGUUGAUAUUCCAGACUUAAUUAGCCUCUAAUUAUAUGUUUAUUUUCUGUAUUAGUUGAAUUUGGAGUCCAAAUUCAUAUUAAUUUCGUGAUUCUAACAACUUAUCAUCAAAGG